AUGAGGCAAAAAGGAAAGAGAAAAGACGCGGCGAAUCGAGGCCCGCCAGGCUCCGGACAAUCACUGGCCAUCGGAGAAGCAGGCGCGCAGUGCCGCGCGGCUGCAAGUCCAGGACCACUCACCCCGGCAUCGUCAAGUCGCUCUCCUUCCUCGGCCUGCCUGAAUCAUGACGCCGCCCUCGGCCAAGGCGAGACGAGCCUGAUGAAUGGCCACGGCCUCGUUCGAGAGGUAAGCAGCUUCCGCAUGUUGGAGCUCAGCGAGGCUCAGUUCCUCGUCGACUGCGAGGUUCGGCGGCUUAUCCACUCGCACGUGCAUCGAUUCAAUCUCCUUCGAGGCAAAACCAAACUUUCGGCAGGUCCACCACACAGCGAGGAGUACGCAUCCUCUUGUCCCGGAGGGAACGAAGUCGCGCGACAUCAGGAGAAAGAGAGUCGUGCGGAGACUUGCGAUUCGCAGAAGACUGCGUCGAGGCGACUCGGCGGCCCGUGCGUGGGCGAGCCUCCCCUGACGUGCUACAUUUCCCCGCCGUUUCUAGACCGUCGCGUAGCCACCUCUGUGAUUGCUCCCCGGCCUUUUCCUGCGUUUCGCGCCUCUCUUGUGGACGGCUAUGCCAUUCGCCUAACGCCGGACGCCGGCGGGCUUCGACAGGCGUCGCGGAGCGUCUCGAUUUCUCAUGGGCGAGCCCCAGACGCGCGGGACGAAUCCUGUCGGGCGCUUCGGAUUGUGCAGAAGGUCCGAGCAGGCGGCGUAGCUGUGCCUUUUCGUGGCCAGCAACUUCCAAAGAGUCCUCAGGCUUCAGAAGUCGGAGACGCUUCAGGGAAGCAGCGAGAAGAAUCGCGGUCGAGAGCGAAAUCCGCGAACGGGUGUCAGGAAGAGGCGUGGAACGACGUUUCUGCCGACUCGACGUGCGUGUAUGUGACCACGGGAGCGCCUGUCCCUGCUCAGUUCCAGGCUGUGGUGCCGGUGGAAGACUGCGUCGUCGACCUUGAGAGAUCUCUGUGCAUUCCGGACCCGACUGCCGUCGCGGCCCUCAGGCCUGGAGCGAACAUUCGCGCGAUCGGCAGCGACGUUGCAGCAGGUGUGCCUCUCUUGGAGCAAGGCCAGCGGGUGGGACCUGCCGAGGAGGGUUUGCUGGCGAGUUUCGACAUCCGGCGACUCGAGGUGUACAGGCGUCUCAACGUGCACACAUUGGCCAUUGGCGACGAGUUGGUGAGCAGAGUAGCCGGAGCUGGGCAGCGGGCGAAGCAAGAGAAAGAGCUCUGCGGGAGAAGCAGAGGUUCGCAGGCCGCGGCGUCGGCGUCAAGCGAGGAAACGGCUCAAGCUGGCGCCUCGCCUCCGCUCUCGCCCGCAGCCGCGCUGGCCAACAAGCGUUUCUCCCUCGGCGACGGCUCCAGAUCACCAGCAGAGGUCUACGACAGCAACUCCCCGACUCUGGCCGCUCUCAUCACGGACCGGUGUCCGAGCGUCCGCGUCCUCGCGCAGCACUUUCUGCCUGACGAUGUGGCGGCUGUCCGUGCGCUCCUUAUCGACCUCGCGACAGGCACAAGGCGGGGGAAGCCAGCGGACUGGUCUGAAGAGCAGCCGAGAGCGCAAGGGGAACAAGGUGAAGCAGUCCGCUGCGAGUGCUCGUGGUGCACGGAGGUCGAUGCUCAGAGUCACGUGAGUGGAUCGGGGGCGACUGGCGGGCCGAACGUGGACCCCGGAGUCGACGUCCUUCUCACGACAGGCGGCGUGUCCAUGGGGGACAGCGACUGCAUCAAACUUGCGCUUCUGCAGUUGCAAGAGGAAACAAAGAAGCGACAGGAGGAGCGCCAGAACGGGCGGCAGGGAAAUCUGGGGAGUGGGCGCGUCUCAGCGGAACUUGAAACGACGGGAGAGCGUCAGCUUCCGGUCUGCGCGAGAGGCUGCUGUUCCUUUCGUGUCGACACGGAGAUCCACUUUGGACGCCUGAACGUGAAACCCGGCAAGCCGACGAUCGUUGCUUCGCUUCGCGUGUACAGAAGUUCUUCGGAGGAUCUUCAAGGAUCUGCGAAAGGCACGGCGACGGACGCGUCUCCUUGUCGGACACUUCUCGUGUUUGGGCUGCCUGGAAAUCCCUGCAGUUCGUGGGUCCUCUUUCACCUUCUCGUCGGUCCUGCACUGCAGUUUUUCUCUUCUUUUUCUCCAUCUUCUUCGCUCUCUAGCCACCUCCCGCCGCAGCUGCCCGUUGGGCUUACCGCCCCGCUGCGGCCUGAUCCGAGCCGACCGGAGUUCCAGCGGUCCCUGGUCUACGUUGACUUCAACGCUGGCACUGACUGCCGGCGUCACUCCGACGCCCAGCCGUCGCUGUGUGACUUCCCCGUUCCGCACUCGCUUUUCCCGCCCACCUGCGAAGGCGCGCUCGCUUCCUCUGACGCUCGCAACGGGUCGCUUCCCGCCUCACAGGCCGCGCUCCAACAGGUCUACCUCCACGCUGUCCCCACCGGCGACCAGCAGAGUUCGCGGCUGCUGAGCUGCUGCGGAAACGCGAACGCUCUUCUCUUGGUGCCGCCUACGCAAAGGUCGGGGCGCGAUCGGCACGAGGCGGGCGAGGUCCUGUGGGCGUGGCUCCUCGGCGCUCCGUUUCCGGCUCCACCAAAGAUGCUUCUGAAGCUCCUCACGCUGCAGGAAGAGCGACAGCAACGCGCCCAAGGCCGGCCAGCCGGUAUUGAAAGAGAGUCCUCUUUGAGCUACUCAGUCGGUCGUUGCAGGUGCGGAGAGUCGCGUAGCCGCGAGGCUUCCGAACGCAUACGACCCCAGCAGGCUGGCGUCCACGCGUCUGACUUCUGGCCCGCGAGUGCCCAGAGAACGUCCACCUCGGGAAGCAGUCUAGGGCAGGACACUCGAUCGAGGACAGGCGACCGUGGACAGACGGCCGUCCUCACGAAGCAUCACUCCCAUCGCCAUGCGCUGGGCAAGGCGCCAGAAAAACGCACGUGCUUUCUUGGCGUUGUUGUCGUUUCCGACCGGUGUUCUGGGGGCACCAUGAAGGACGCCUGCGUUGAGGCGGCGCUGACCACCCUUCGGUCCUCUCCUGGGCUCGCCGAGCUCGUGCACCUCAACGGAGAUCCAGUCGAGAGCGAAAAAACUGUCGGGACGGAGAGGGAACUCGUUCACGGAGGCCACUUCGCGACUCGGGUGGUCCCAGAUGAACGGGACGCAAUUCAGGAAGCAGUCCUGUCCCUUGUUUGUCGAUACACGAAUCCUCGAUCGCAGGCCAUGGGUUCUGGUAACGCGAUAUGUGGCGACGAGCCAGCGGACCAGACCGUCCGCCCGUGUCUCAUCUUCGUUUGCGGUGGAACGGGCCUUUCUGUACGUGACGUCACCCCGCAGUCUUUGCUGCCGCUCUUCUCAGUUCGAUGUAGCGGCCUCGAGCAUUUGCUCAUGCAAGAGUCUCUCACGUGCACCCCAAUGGCGGCACUAGGCCGCCCAUGUGCAGGUAUUGUCACAUGCACAAGACAGGCGGCUAAAGAUGUGCACAGAUCCCGCGACGCGUGGGCCACACAGGCAGGCGAAUGUCACGGAAAGCAACUGCCCGCUGGGUGGACUCCACAUGACGUUGUGGAGCCAGGAACCGGAGAUCAACCAGAUGCGCAGUCUGUUUGCGACUGCGGUGCUCGAGCGUUGGUCUUUGGACUGCCGGGGAGCCCACAGGCUGUUCGGGAAUGCAUCCAAGCCCUGUCGCCGGUUCUUCCCCAUGCGUUGGACGUCGUCACAUCGGGAGCGUGA